AUGAUCAUCACGGGGCCAGCAUUACUGAUUCUUUUGGGGGCCGCAGCGAUAUUGCAAGCAGAAUUACUUCCUGAUGAAAAGCUUCUACUUCUUCCGCCUGUCAAUUUCACCAUUAAAGUUACCGGUUUGGCUCAAGUUCUUUUACACUGGGAACCAAAUCCUGAUCAAAAGCCAAGAAACGUUAAUCCAGAAUAUCGCGUGAAAAUAAAUGCCCCACAAGAAGAUGAUUAUGAAACCAGAAACACGGAAAGCAAAUGUGCAACCAUGCUUCACAGAGGCUUCUCAGCGAGUGUGCAGGCCAUCCUGGGGCCCGGCCCCUCGCGCCUCGCCAGCAGCUGGGUUUCUGCUGAACUUAAAGCACCACCAGGUUCUCCUGGAACCUCCGUUGCGAAUUUAACUUGCACCACAAACACUGUAGCAGAUAACUGCACGCACUUACGGCCAUACCAAGUUUCUCUUCACUGCACCUGGCUUGUUGGCAAGGAUGCCCCUGAAGACACGCAGUAUUUUCUCUAUUACAGGUAUGGCUCUUGGACCGAAGAAUGCCAAGAAUAUAGCAAAGACACACUGAAGAGAAAUAUUGCAUGCUGGUUUCCAAGGACUUUUAUCCAUGGCAAAGGGCGCGACUGGCUUGCAGUGCAUGUUAACGGCUCAAGCAAGCAUGCCGUGAUCAAGCCCUUUGAUCAACUGUUCGCUCUUCAUGCCAUUGAUCAAGUAAACCCUCCACUGAACGUCACAGCAGAGACUGAAGGAACGCAUCUCUCUAUCCAAUGGGAGAAACCAGUUUCUGCCUUCCCAACCCACUGCUUUGAUUACGAAGUGAAAAUAUACAACAUAAGGAAGGGUUAUUUUCAGACAGAAAAAAUAACGACCAAUGCAUUCGUCUCAGUCGUUGACGAUGUGUCUAAGUAUUACGUUCAAGUGAGAGCAGCAGUGAGCUCCACGUGCAGACCGUCGGGGCUCUGGAGCCAGUGGAGCCGCCCUCUUUACGUGGGUGAGUAG